UGUCAAAGAAACGGCCGCGCAACCGCCAUGGCUGAAAAAGUUGAAUCGACGCCAUUCGAGGACGCACUGGAAAAAACUGGAAACGGUUUGUACAAUGUGCUACUGGUCCUGACGAGUGGUCUGAUCCUGCUGGCGAUCGGCGUGGAUCUAUUCGGCUUCGGCCUGGUGGUGGCAGCAGCCUGCGACCUCAACAUCACCGUCUCCCAGAAGGGGAUCCUCACUUCACUGCCUUAUAUCGGGAUCCUCUUAGUGUCCUACAUCUGGGGCUACAUCUCAGACACGCGCGGCCGCCGGUUCUCUCUGCUGGUCUCCAUGCAAGGCGCAUUCGUGCUCUCCUGUCUGUCGAGUAUUGCCACCAACUGGUUACUGCUGGGCCUCAUAAAGUUCUUCUCCGUCUGCUUUUCGUGUGCAGCUAACUCCGUGACAUACACCCUGCUGGGGGAGUCGUGCAUCCAGAGAGUGAGAAGCAAGUACAUGUUGCUGAUAACCUGCCUACUGAUACUGUCCCCAGGAAUAGCAGCUCUUGUCACAUACCCCACUCUCUUACUACAGUUCAAACAAGAGAUUCCUCUACUUGGAAUAAACUUCACACCCUGGCGUCUGCUCAUCGUGAUACUGGCGAUACCCUCGGGGAUCGGAGGCAUUGCCAUCAGCUUCUUCCACGAGUCUCCCAAGUUCCUGGCGAACAGUGGCAAGAAUGACGAGGCUUUGGAGGUGCUGAAGUCUAUGCACGCUAUCAAUAAUCGAGGAACUAAAGAGGAAUUUGGGGUUACCUCAUUAUAUCUAGAAGAUGCAGUGGCUAAGAAGCCAAGCUCGCUCACCCGUGCGUUGUAUGAGCAGGGAGCCCCACUCUUCCGGCCGCCGAUGCUUUGGAGAACAUUGCAGUUGUACUUCAUCAUAUGCAUCGUGUAUUUCACGAACAACAGUCUUCUAGUGUGGCUGCCUUAUAUCAUGAACCUGGUGAGAGUGGCUCUAAGCCAGAGUAAUGCUUCUGCUGGAGAUAUUUGCUCCUUGAUAUCCACUAAGGAGGAAACUGUAGCUUUAAACACAACGUUGUCUUCUUCGAAUACUACUGCUAUAACACCAGAAAUCUGCCUCGGCUACAUCGAGAACAAUGUGAUUAUCACACUAGUGACUGCACAGUGCAUUUACUCCUUCCUCAACUUUGUCAUAUCUUACCUCAUGAGAUGGAGAAGAAUUGUAUUGCUGUCCAUACUACUGAUGUCUACUAUUAGCGGUGCUUUGCUGGGAUUGAUGCCGGAACCCAUUUCGAGUGUGUUUUUCUUGAUGGCAUUCACAUGCACUAAUUUGGGCAUGGGAAUAUUGGCCUCGUAUUUCGUAGAUUUAUACCCUACUUCUUGUAGGGGUAUGGUAGCUUGCCUUAGCAUCAUGGUGGCCAGAUCGAGUACGUUCGUCGGGAUCAACAUAGUUGGAAACCUCAUCUUCUAUCACUGCCACACGACUUUCUACGUGUGGUCGAUCAUUGUUUUCACUAGUGUCAUUGCGGCCUGGUUCCUUCCACCGGACAAGGAAGUACGGCGUUAAAUUUACAGGUAUUAGUUAAAGAACUUAUGUUAUUAUCUGUGAUUUUAGUAUUAAUAAGACAUUAGCUAUAAUUACUAUACUUUAUUAUAAUAGAGUGAACUAAUGUC